ACAACAGUAGUAUCUUCCUACACCUCACCUGAAACUUCAUCUUCUGACAUCAUGUGUUGCAACUACUAUGGAAACUCUUGUGGAGGCUGUGGCUAUGGCUAUGGCUGUGGAUAUGGCUCUGGCUAUGGUUAUGGCUAUGGAUUCGGCUCUGGUUGUGGCUCUAAGUAUGGUUCUGGCUCUGGCUGCAGAUACAGCUCUGGCUGUGGCUAUGGAUGUGGAUAUGGCUCUGGAUAUGGGUAUGGCUGUGGAUAUGGCUCCCACUAUGGCAGUGGCUAUGGCUAUGGCUGCUACGGCUACAGACCAAUUUGCUACAGAGGAUGUUAUUCCUCUUGCUGCUAAUCAUCACAAAUAUCAUCAUUUGCUUUGAUAUGACCACUCCACCCUAAGAUCCAGUUAAAAAAACUCUUCGUCCUUUAACAUCACUACAAAGUGAAGAUUAUUUUUUGUCUACUAAUUUUUUGUCUGUAGUUGUUGGAGCUCAAAUACUGUUACAUCAUUGAAGACAGAAGAUCUUAUUCUCAUCAUUUCAUAAAUUUAAAUUCUGAUUAUUUUCUUUUCUCUGCAUUGUUGCCUUCUGAAGAAAAUGGGGGACCAUAUGAUUGGAAUAUACUAAAAAAAGAAAAAUAAUACUUUCCUAAUAAAAGACUUUGUUUACUAAAUACUC